ACGGCACCUUUCUCCUUCUUUUUAUUCAGGGACUUUAUAGUUUUCGAAGGUGAUUCAGUUGAGAUGCAGACGCUGUAUAGUUACAUAUAGUUUUACACACAUACACACGAACAUCAUGCAUAUUGUUUACGGAAUUAGUCUGAGCAUAGCUCUUUUUAUCCUUUUGGCGAACGUCGCAGCGAGUGACAUCAUGCUCAGAAAAAGUAUAGUUUAUGACAAAAAGACGCCUGAUGUGUUUUAUUGUCCUCAGCACAAGCCAACGGGUAAAGAUAAGAUGAUAGUAAAAGCCAGGCCACUAUCGAAACUUUGUGAAUUUGGAGAUAAACCAAUUCCCGAAGAUUAUAAAAGUGAUUGUUACAAUAACGUUGAUGAGACUGAUUUUGCCUGUAAAGAAAAAUACAGAAUUAUGAAGCGUUUGAAGAAUGGCAAAAAGCAAUGAAGAAAACUGGGAGACAAGACUUUAACAUAUAUAGAAAAUAACAAGAAUGUAACACAAGCAAGCAAACGCAUUUAAGUUACUAAUUUUUUUUUUUAUCAAAUCAUUUACAUUAUAUAAUAAUGUAUUAUUCAGUAUUCUAUACAUUAUGAUAAUUAUAUAAUUAUAAAUUGAAUAAUUAUAAGAUAAAUAAUUA